CAUACAUGAGAUAGAGCUCAUCACUCUUGCUACUCUUCGUUUCCUAAUUUCCUCUAUGAUAUGAUCCUAAAAGAGCAAAACAAAAUGUGGUUUUCAAAGCUUUCAGUUUUCUUCCUUCUGUUUAUCAUUUUUCCUACGUUCCAAACACCUGCUUUUGCAGUAGAAAAUUCUUAUAUAGUGUACUUGGGGUCCCAUGCACACGGUCCUCAAGUUUCCAAAGCUGAUCUUGAUCGGGUGACUGAUUAUCAUUAUGAAUUCCUUGGAACAUUCCUGGGAAGUCAGGAGAGGGCCAAGAAUGCAGUUAUCUACUCAUUCAACAGAUAUAUCAACGGUUUUGUUGCCAACCUUGACGAGGAAGAGGCAGCUGAAAUCGCGGAGCACCCAAAAGUUGUGUCAGUUUUCUUAAACCAAGCAAGAAAACUACACACGACUCAUUCGUGGGAAUUUAUGUUACUGGACAAAGAAGGUGGUACAGCUUUUCACCACAAUUCCUUGUGGAAUGAGGCCAGAUUUGGUGAAGACACAAUCAUUGGAAAUCUUGACACUGGUGUUUGGCCCAAAUUAGAGAGCUUCAGCGACCGAGGUUUUGGACCCGUCCCAUCUAGGUGGAAAGGAAUCUGUCAAAACGAUACCAAUGGUGGAGUCCCCUGCAAUAGGAAGUUAAUUGGGGCGAGAUACUUCAACAAAGGCUAUGCUGCCAAUAUUGGGUCAAUCAACUCUUCUAUGGAAAGUGCACUUGAUCUGGAAGGUCAUGGUACUCACACGCUGUCAACAGCAGGAGGGAAUUUUGUCCCCGGUGCAAAUGUUCUUGGUGUGGGCAAUGGAACUGCCAAAGGUGUCCCGAAAGCGCGGGUUGCUGCCUACAAGGUAUGCUGGGAAUCGGUCAAUGGCAGUCAAUGCUUUGAUGCUGAUAUAAUGGCGGCCUUUGAAAUGGCCAUAAAUGAUGGUGUUGAUGUGCUUUCUGUGUCACUCGGUGGCCCUCCGAGAAAGUACUUCAACGAUGGUUUGUCCAUUGGGGCAUUCCAUGCUGUUAAGAAAGGUGUUGUUGUAGUAUGCUCGGCUGGAAAUGAAGGACCAACUGCUGGAACUGUCUCCAAUGUUUCACCUUGGAUGAUAACUGUGGGAGCAAGCACAUUGGAUCGACAGUUCCAAACUUUUGUUGAACUGCAGAAUGGGCUGAGACUCAAGGGUUCAAGCCUGUCUAAAGCUUUGCCAGAAGAACGAUUCUACUCACUUAUUAAUGGGGCACAGGCUAAGGCUGCAAAUGCAUCUGCAGAAGAUGCUAUGCUCUGUUUGGAUGGAACUCUGGAUCCUGCAAAGGCGAAGGGUAAAAUUCUGGCUUGUCUGAGAGGGAAAACUGCAAGAGUAGACAAGGGCCUACAAGCAUCUCUUGCUGGUGCAGUUGGGAUGAUUCUUUGCAAUGAUGCGGCAAGUGGUAACGAAAUUAUUGCGGAUCCUCAUUUGCUACCAGCAUCACAUAUUAACUACAAAGAUGGCCUUGCUGUCUUUGCCUACAUCAAUUCUACCAAGGACCCUCUUGGACUUAUAACACCCGCAAAAGCACAAAUUGGCAUAAAGCCAGCUCCAUUCAUGGCCGCGUUCUCUUCCCAAGGGCCUAACCUUGUUACACCAGAGAUUCUCAAGCCUGAUAUUACUGCUCCUGGAGUGGAUAUCAUAGCUGGCUUCACUGGAGCAACAAGCCCAUCAAACUUACCUUUUGAUAAUCGUAGAGUUACUUUUAACACCAUGUCUGGCACAUCUAUGUCUUGCCCUCAUGUUUCUGGAGUCGUUGGCCUUCUUAAGACACUUCAUCCCGACUGGAGCCCAGCCGCAAUAAGAUCUGCAAUCAUGACAACUGCGAGAACAAGGGAUAACACCGUGCAUCCAGUUCUCAAUGGAUCCUUUGCGAAGGCAACGCCGUUCAGCUAUGGCGCUGGCCACAUUCGACCAAACCGUGCCAUGGACCCUGGCUUGGUCUUUGACUUAACCGUGAAUGACUAUUUGGACUUCCUCUGUGCUCUUGGCUAUAAACAGACUGAAGUUGAACUCUUUUCCGAGGCUCCUUAUGAAUGUCCCAAGUCGGCAAGCCUUCUGGAUUUCAACAAUCCAUCCAUAGCAGUCCCUAAACUCUCUGGUUCUGUCACAGUGACUCGAAAACUGAAGAAUGUUGGCUCACCAGGCACCUAUUCAGCUCGUGUAAGAAAACCAGCUGGGAUUUCAAUUCUUGUUGAGCCUAAUACCUUGAAGUUUGAGAAAGUUGGAGAAGAGAAGAGCUUUAAAUUGACCUUGAAAUCGGAUAAACCUGGUGUCGCUAAAGGCUAUGUGUUUGGAGGGCUAACUUGGUCAGAUGGCAAGCACUACGUAAGAAGUCCUAUAGUAGUUGCUGCUGCCUCUUAGAUGUCAUUAGCAUUUAGCAAGAUUGGCUUUGGGAUUUAUGAUGAAGCAUCUGGUUUGUAACAUGAACACAUGAACAGUGGUCAGACCAGUUUGCUAGGGGCUUUUCAUGUUCUUCUCUUAUCAAAGUUCAUCAUCAGAAGUGGUGAAAAGCAUUG